AUUGUAACAAUUUCAGACAGCAGGGCAUCUCUGACAGCCGGGGAUGUAAAAUAUACUAGUACAUGAUACAGAAGCCGAAGGAACCGGGCCGGGGCAUCUCUACAGGAAUAUUAGGUAUGUAAUGAUAAGUAGAAGCGCUAGAUGUCGCUUUUGGGUUGAGGCGAAUGAAUGAUGUCAAAGGUGAAAAAUACCCAUGAUGCAGGAUGGUGACAUCACUUCCGGGAAGACCCGCCUCAUGACUCAGAGUCUCGCCGUGGUCUCAGUCAGUGGAGGCUAAAUAUUUUCAACUUUUACAGCGAUCGUAGGGAGAGAAAAUCCUCACGAUGUUCAGUUGGAUGAAAUCUAAAGACUCGGACGUGCCCCAGGUCUACGGGAAUGUCGUGGAGGGGCUGAAACAGGUUUACAGGGAGAAACUUUACCCAUUAGAGGAGCACUACAAGUUCCAUGACUUCCAUUCGCCGGCUUUGGACGAUCCGGACUUCGAUGCGAAGCCAAUGGUGCUGUUGGUCGGUCAGUACUCGACGGGUAAGACCACCUUCAUCAGAUACCUGUUAGAACGGGAGUUCCCGGGCAUACGGAUCGGCCCUGAGCCCACGACAGACCGCUUCAUCGCGGUGAUGCACAGUGAAUCGGAGGGAGUGAUCCCGGGCAACGCGCUCGUCAUGGACCCCAAGAAACAGUUCCGCCCGCUGUCCAAGUUCGGCAACGCCUUCCUGAACAGGUUCCAGUGUUCCCAGCUGCCCAGCCCGGUGCUGGAGAGCCUGACGUUCGUGGACACGCCCGGGAUCCUGUCAGGGGAGAAGCAGAGGACGGCCAGAGGGUAUGACUUUGCUGGUGUACUAGAGUGGUUUGCGGAGCGCGUGGACCGAAUCAUCCUUCUGUUCGACGCCCAUAAGCUCGACAUCUCAGACGAGUUCCGUCGGGGUAUCGAGGCAUUGCGGGGAAAUGACGACAAGAUUCGCAUUGUGCUGAACAAAUCUGACAUGAUCGACCACCAACAGCUGAUGAGGGUGUAUGGAGCUCUCAUGUGGUCGCUAGGCAAGGUUAUCAACACUCCUGAGGUAGCUCGUGUGUACAUCGGCUCAUUCUGGGACCAGCCUCUCCAGUACGACAUCAACAGACGACUGUUUGAGGCGGAGGAACACGACCUGUUCGCAGACCUGCAGAGUCUGCCCAGAAACGCAGCGCUCCGAAAACUCAACGACCUCAUCAAGAGAGCAAGGCUGGCUAAGGUCCAUGCCUACAUCAUCAGCCACCUUCGCGCCCAGAUGCCGUCGGUGUUCGGCAAGGACUCCAAGAAGAAGGAGCUGAUUGACAACCUCCACAAGGUGUACGACCAGAUCCAGCGGGAGCAGCAGAUCUCCAUCGGAGACUUCCCGCAGAUCGAGCGCAUGCAGGAGCAGCUCAGGCAGAUGGACUUCUCCAAGUUCCACACCCUGAAACCCAAACUCAUCGAGAAGGUGGACCACAUGCUCAGUGUGGUGAGUGGGAUGUGGUUUAUACUUAAUGAUAAGCCCCGAUGUGGAAAAUCAUUUUGUAGGACAGUUCUGUUGGUUACACCUCCAGCACUUCAUGGUAAAUGUGUCCAUGUCUACAUCAUCAGCCACCUUCGCGCCCAGAUGCCGUCGGUGUUCGGCAAGGACUCCAAGAAGAAGGAGCUGAUUGACAACCUCCACAAGGUGUAUGACCAGAUCCAGCGGGAGCAGCAGAUCUCCAUCGGAGACUUCCCGCAGAUCGAGCGCAUGCAGGAGCAGCUCAGGCAGAUGGACUUCUCCAAGUUCCACACCCUGAAACCCAAACUCAUCGAGAAGGUGGACCACAUGCUCAGUGUGACAUGA